CUCGAGCUCAACCGAAAAGGUUCACCGCGAGCACUCCGGGCACCCAGCGCUCAGCUUUAUACGUGACGCAACGCAUUGCACCACCAUCUCUUCUACCUUUUUUCCUCUACUGCUAUCUACGCCAUCCACUAUUGCAUCUCUAGAGCAUCUGCGCCUUAUCCGUCAUGGGUGCGGCCAGAAAGAUUGAUAUCGCAGCCAGCUCGACCUCAGCUUAAGUGCCAGUUCCUUAACACGCGCAUACCGUCCACCUUUUACGUCCUCAACCUCUCUCUGCUCGUAGCACAAACUCCGCCGGUAUGGAAUCUCUUAAUGGACCGCCGGGUCCGCCACACGAUUCACAAACGCCCCAGGGUACCACCUCAUCACGUCCUAGCACUGCAGCGGCCGCACAUCCUUCAAACAGUCGCACCUCCCAAGAAGUUAAUGGACAAACCCCAACACCCCAGCGACGCGCCUCCCUCGGAGCCCCCACUAGUCGACCAUCCCUUGCGCGAGCGAAGAGUGACUUUGGUCCACGCCGCAAUGCCUCCCCUGCACCAGACCCUCCGGCGGAGGAAGACGAUACUUCUGACGGCCACUUCAAGAUCAGGCAUGGAUGGGACGACCAGCUCAACUCGGAAGAAUACAACAACCUGCUCACAUCCACUUUCUUCAUGUAUUUCACGGAGAAGAGGCACGAGACGGGAGGAAUACCCAAGGAUGUAACAGGUAGCUUCCCGCUUCAGGAAUGGCGAAUGCGUGAUCGCCUCAAGACGGUAUCGGCGGUACUCACACUCUGCCUCAACAUCGGCGUUGACCCACCCGAUGUCAUCAAAACGAGCCCUUGUGCCAAGGAAGAAUGCUGGAUAGAUCCCACUGUGACGUCCCAAACACCAGGCCACACCCCCAUGAACCAGAUCGGAAAGGCUCUACAGACACAAUAUGAGCAGCUUAGCAUGCGCACGCGUUACAAACUUCUCCUCGACCCGACUACCGACGAAACAAGGAAGUACACCUCAACCUUGCGGCGAAAUGCACGGAAUGAAAGGGUACUUUUUCACUACAACGGACAUGGCGUACCAAAGCCUACCUCUUCAGGUGAAAUCUGGGUCUUCAACAGAAACUAUACACAAUACAUUCCUCUGUCGCUCUAUGAUUUACAAAGCUGGAUAGGCGCGCCGAGUCUCUUUGUGUACGACUGUUCAGAUGCCGGCUUGAUCAUCAGCAACUUCAACCGAUUUGCGGAUAAGCACCAACUCGAAUUCGAGGAAGCACGCCGAAGAGAUCCUAGUGUCGAGUUCGUCGACUUCAGCGAUUGCAUACACCUAGCCGCCUGUAGGGAGAAGGAAUCGCUUCCUACAAAUCCAGAACUACCCGCCGAUAUAUUUACCUCCUGCCUGACGGAUCCCAUCGCCAUGGCGGUGAGAUUCUUCAUACUACAAAAUCCCCUUCCUUGUAAGGUGAAUAUCCGUGAUGCUCAUAACAUCCCUGGCAAAGUCUCCGAACGUCGUACUCCGAUCGGAGAAUUGAACUGGAUCUUCACGGCCAUCACCGAUACCAUAGCCUGGAAUUCCCUCUCUAAACCAUUGUUCAAGAAGCUCUUCCGCCAGGAUCUCAUGGUUGCUGCUCUUUUCCGAAAUUUCUUACUCGCGCAGAGGAUCAUGCGAGUAUAUCAUUGCCAUCCCGUCUCCCACCCCGAAGUCCCACACACAUAUGAUCAUCCUCUAUGGCGAAGCUGGGAUCUUGCUGUGGAGCUGAUAUUAGCCCAACUCCCAGACCUCCAAGCUGAAGCUCGGGGCGAGAAAGAGUAUUCAUACAGGCACUCGGAGUUCUUCUCUGAGCAAUUAACCGCCUUUGAAGUUUAUCUCACACAGGGAGCCGUGGAGCAGAAGGUACCCGAGCAACUACCAAUUGUAUUGCAAGUUCUUCUUAGUCAAGUACACAGACUCAGGGCGCUCAUCCUGUUAUCGCGCUUUCUCGACCUGGGGCCUUGGGCUGUAAACUUGGCCCUCAGCAUCGGGAUUUUCCCGUAUGUGCUGAAGCUCUUGCAGUCACAAGCCAUUGAACUCAAGCCGGUCAUGGUCUUCAUCUGGGCUAGAAUCUUAGCAGUGGACCAGUCCUGCCAAGCGGAUCUUCUCAAGGACAAUGGGUACCAGUAUUUCAUCAAUAUAUUGAACCCCAGUGCAGGUAUUCCGAUCGCGAACGCCAGCGAACACCGGGCCAUGUGCGCAUUCAUUGUCGCGAUGUUCUGCAAAGAUUACAACCAAGGCCAACGCGCAUCUCUUAGCACCGAGUUAGUAGAAAGCUGCUUGGAUCAUCUUAAAGACAUGCAGAAUCCUCUUCUGCGCCAGUGGGCCUGUCUCUGCUUGAGCAAGUUGUGGGUCAACUAUGAGGAAGCGAAAUGGGUUGGAAUUCGCUGCAUGGCCCACGAACGCCUUUGCGAGCUGGUGCUUGAUCCGGUAACAGAGGUUCGCGCGGCUAUGCUCUAUGCCCUCACCGCCUUCUUGGGCAUUCGCGACGUUACGUCGCAAGUCGCGCAAAUCGAAGAAUCAAUUGCGUCUAUGAUUCUGGUCAUGACCACCGACGGCAACAGCCUUGUACGAAAAGAGCUGCUGAUAUUCUUUUCGACCUUCAUUGUGAGAUACAGGAGCCGAUUCGUUGUCGCGGCAUUUGAACACUUCAUGGAAGAGGGCAAUGCGGAACUUAAUACGAGAGUAGAGGAAAGGGAUUCAGACGGUCUAUUCAUGAAAACACGCUCAUCCAUCAAUGGCCAUCCUUCCCUAGCAAGCUCUUGCUCGCAAAACUCCAUAUAUGCUACCAUCUGGAAGGAAAUGUUGGUCAUGUCUGUCGAUCCUCAUCCAGAAAUCGCCAGGGAUGCCGGCUCGGUAGUCGACAUGGUCCUCGUCGCACUCCUGGAGUCGCCUUUGGCAAAGUUCGUGCAGCCGCAAUAUGAAGAUUUGGUCCGGAAGAACCCCGUGUCGCGGGCGAGUACACGGCGCGUACUUGAGGAAGCUCCCUCGCAGCAGGCGACUGCUCCUCCCACCCCUUCCAAAGAACCCAGCUAUCUUAACUUACUGAAUCCACUUCGGAGGACGGGAAGCGUGGCUGCGUCAUUGAAGAACUUCUGGGGCGCGCAUGAGUCGCCAGCCUCGCCUCAGAAGAGCCCUGGACAGAAGCAGACGGAGGACGUCCACGCACCUCCAAGCGACAUACGCCCGCAUACUCCAGAGAGAUAUUAUGUCACUGAAGAGCCCGCUACACGUGGAUUUGUCCCGCGAGAUUUCACGACACCCCCCGAGCUGCCCCUCCAGAGCUCCUUUUUCGAAUGGUCUGCAGAGUACUUCCGCGAACCUCAGAUGAGACCCACCGAAGCAGACGAACCGGGUAGCACAGAUUAUAAUGGCCGCCUAUGGAGGAGGAAUCGCAACGAUAAGAUCAUUGCCGAGACCCAGCCGCUAAAAGACAUUGCCGUAGGACAUCGAUGGGAUGUGUCUCGAGGAUAUUUCGACAACCUGAGCCAGCCUAUGAAGAUGUGCUUCCACCAGUUUGAGGACCAUCUAGUCGUCACAGACAACCGGAACACGGUUAAUGUUUUUGAUUACUCCGGCUCCACCCAAAGGAUCAACAGCUUCUCAAAUGGGAAUCCAGCGGACUCGAGGAUUAGCGAAGUUCGUUUCAUCAAUGAAGAUGACCAAGCCCUCCUCAUGACUGGAUCUUCAGACGGCGUACUCAAAGUUUUCCGAAACUAUGACUCAAGAGGAAAGACGGAGCUAGUUACUGCCUUCCGAGCCCUGACGGAUCUUGUCCCAAGCACCAAAAAUGCUGGUCUCGUCUUUGACUGGCAGCAAGGCAGAGGUCUCGCCUUGGUUGCGGGCGAUGUCAAGGUCAUCCGCGUUUGGAACGCCAGUACAGAAAUAUGUACAAGCGAUAUACCGGCUAGGUCCGGUUCAUGCAUCACAUCCUUGACCUCGGACCAGGUCGAAGGCGACGUUUUCACCGCGGGCUUUGGUGACGGCGCGGUUCGAGUAUACGAUCAGCGUCAGAAGCCAGCAACGGCUAUGGUCAAAGUUUGGAAAGAGCACAAGCAAUGGGUUACCAAUGUUCAUCUGCAGCGAGGUGGCCAGCGCGAGCUCGUCAGCGGCUGUCGGAGCGGUGAAGUUAAGCUCUGGGACAUCCGAAUGGACAAGAGCGUGAAGACUAUACAGGCAACCACCGAUACACUGAGGACUUUGAGUGUCCACGAACAUGCGCCUGUCUUUGCAACCGGUACCCAACGUCAUAGAAUCAAGAUCUUCAACAUCAACAAUGGCGACAUCGUGUCACAAUUUGAGCCGUACUCUGGCUUCCUUCGCGACAGGUCUUCCGCCAUUGCAAGCACUGCGUUCCAUCCCCAUCGUCUACUGAUUGCUGCUGCUGCACACCAUGACAAUCAUGUCAACAUCUUCGGCUGCCGGGAGUCAGAGCGCCCAGAGCGCGCUACAGGCAAGACAGUCAAGCUUUGGGAUGGAGCCACUGCAGUCAAUCGCUCUUCGACAUUCGCAUGAGUGGACAAGAUCAGUGCAUGAUUUUUAUCACAUGCUUUGAGCGGGCGUCUUUUUUCCGGCCUUUCUUGCACAGCAAGGCGUCUGCCAGUACGGCAUAAGGCAACUUUCGAGAUUUCGGCAUUAUGUUCUUAGGGUUUUUUUAAGUUUCAGUGGUCCGAUUAGGCGGUCAUCGACAUGGGAUGUCGAAAAUGGAGUUUGCAUGCAGCAUAGCGAUUCGGGCAUAUGGAAUUUAAUGAUUGCUGUAAGAUAUGGAUAAUUUUCCAGACAUAAUCAGAACUAGAGUUAGUAGUGUGCUACUCCAUUG